AACGGACGUCAACCGAAAGUGCAGUGCUAUCUUCUUUGGCGCAUUUAUUCAACUCUUCGUUGUCAACGUCACUUUCUAAAUGCUUAAAUGAGAACUUUCAAACGCAUUGGUGAGGAUUACAUGUGCGCCAAAACCAAGAACACGAACUUCUGGUUGCAUUCCUUGUUUUGGAAGCGUCGGUGCUCAUGUUUAUCAUAGUAAUAGCUAAAAUUCGCCUCAAACCUCCGAAAAAUUUUACUUUGCCCAAUUUGCAACACUUAUUUUGUUGAGUAAUUCGAUGAAAUGAUGAAACUUGCCCGGGUUUCAAUAAACCUUAUAGAGGCGUUUUAACUUUUUUCAGUGGGGGCAGCUAUCACCACAUAGACGCUCGAUCGACAAAAGAACUGUAUUUUUUCAUUAUAAAAACCACAGUGUAGUUGCUGAAGAAGUAACGUUAUUUUUUUAAAUUUUUUUUUUAUUUUUUUUUAUUUUUUGAUCCAAGUAUCUCUUGGUUCCAGUCCGGAGCUCCCAUCGCAUUCGUGUCAGGAAAUAAAGGCAAGCGAAGGCAAAGACACUAUUAGCAGCAAGUACUGGUUGGAUCCAACUGCGAAUGGAACGGCAGUUUUGGUUUAUUGUGACAUGGACUUAGAAGAUGUCGAUGAAUGCAUCAGCGGCAACCAUGACUGUGACGUAAAUGCAAACUGCACCAACAUUGUUGGUGGACAUAAAUGUACUUGUAAGGAAGGAUUUGCUGGAGAUGGUCACUCCUGUUCAGCGUUGAAGAACUGUGCUGAUAUCUACAAAUCUGGUGAAAGAAAAGACGGUAUUUACACCAUCAUGCCCGACAAUCUGCCUGCCUUUGAUGUGUUUUGUGACCAAACAACAGCCGGUGGGGGGUGGACAGUGUUCCAGAAGAGACUGAACGGCUCUAUUGAUUUUUACCUUUACUGGAGCGAUUACAAAGUUGGUUUCGGUGAUCUGAAAGGUGAAUUUUGGCUCGGACUGGACAAAAUUCACCACCUGACCUCAGAUGAUACCAGCAUGCUGCGGGUGGACUUGGAAGACUUUGAAGGGAAUACUUCUUAUGCCGACUAUGACAUGUUCGGUGUUAUGAGUGAGAAUGACAAGUACAAGCUGAAACUCGGCAGUUACUCAGGAACUGCAGGUGACUCUCUCUCUGUUCAUGGCGGUAAACCAUUUACCACUCGAGAUCAAGAUAAUGAUAACAAACCAGACAAAAACUGUGCCAUGUGGCGUCAUGGGGCGUGGUGGUACAACGUGUGUCACAGAUCUAACCUGAAUGGCAUCUAUCGACAUCAAAAUCCCUCACCCAACGGCGAUGGUGUGAACUGGUACUACUGGAAGGGAUACACAUACUCCCUAAAGAGGACUGAGAUGAAAAUUAGACCAGUGGAUUUCUCAUCGAGCUGAUUUUAUUUCAUUGUUUUCAUGGUCAUAAAUACAGUAGAACCCAGGUAACUCGAAGUCUAAAGGGAAACGAAAAAUAGUUUGAGUUAGCGGGGGUUCGAGUCAUCGGCGUCGAUUGAAUAUCCAACUUGUCAUGUUAAUAAUUGAUAAUUUACUGAUUUUUCAGCACUUCAGUAUACAGUGACAGCUAAAGGCACCGCAUCCAGUGUGUCAAAUAUAUGAACGGUCGGUUGCACUAAUUAAAAUCAAAUUGCUGUGCUGUUAGUUUUAAGAGUUUUUACCGAUUAAACAACAAGAAAAGCUAAUGGGAUGACAUCCCAGGUGAGUUACAUGAACCAGAAUUCGAGUUAGCGGGGUAAACGUUUAUCAAGGGAAACGA